AUGGCACCUCAUGCGGAUGAUACAACUUUUGAUUCUGAGAUUCCGGUACCCACAAAAGCACUUCCUACGAACGGUGAUACUCAAGCUCAACCGGCUUCUAACGGGAAUGCCAAAGAGAACGCCGCAGCAGCCUCAAACGGCGAAGCGAAAGAGAUUCCUGGGCCAACGCAUCAUGAGUCUCCCAGUCCUCCACUGGAGCUCAAGGGCGUUCUCAACGAGUUUAAGUCUUUCGACGUGACUCCAGUCAUUGGCAAAGAAUUCCCAGAAGCCAAGCUCGCCGAUUGGCUUAGGGCCCCCAAUUCUGAUGAGCUGAUCAGAGAUUUGGCUAUUACGAUCUCCCAACGCGGUGUCGUCUUUUUUCGAGCCCAAGACGGUCUAGAUGACAGCCUCCAAAAAGAACUCGCGCAGCGCCUUGGCGAACUCUCCGGAAAACCAGCAUCGUCCAAGCUGCAUAUUCAUCCGGUCAUCAACUCGGGCCGCGACGACGGCGGAGGAGAUGACGAGGUCAGCAUCAUUAGUUCUCGCCAGCUCAAGAAGCUUUACAAAGGUCAAUUCAUGUUUGCGGGUGAGAAAAGGCAGAGUGGAAAAGAGGGAUGGCACUCGGACAUCACAUUCGAGCCCGUGCCAAGUGACUAUGCCAUUCUGCGGCUUGUCGAGCUCCCAGGUACCGGAGGAGACACCCUCUGGGCUUCCGGCUACGAGCUCUACGACCGCCUUUCCAGCCCCUACCAAAAGUUCCUGGAGACCCUAACCGCCACCUACGCGCAGCCCAAAUUCAACGAGACCGCCAAAAACGGCGACUUCAAACUCUACUCCGCCCCCCGCGGCUCCCCCUACAACAUCGGCGAAGAACUCUCCGCUAUCCAUCCGGUCAUCCGCACGAACCCUGUCACAGGCUGGAAAUCCGUCUUCGCAGUCGGCACCCACGUGCAGCACGUCAACGACGUGACACCCUUGGAAUCGAAAGCGCUGCUGGAGUGGUUCGUGAAAUUAAUUGUGGAUAACCAUGAUUUGCAGGUUCGACAUCGCUGGCAGAACCCGAAUGACGUGGCAAUUUGGGAUAACAGAAGUGUUUAUCAUGCCGCGACGCCAGAUUAUGAGGGGUUGGGCGAGAGGUUGGGUCAUAGGGCGGUUAGUAUUGGGGAGAAACCGUUUUUGGACGUUGGGAGAGGCAUUGCAAGGCUUGCCCAAAGAAGGGAACGGGACUGUCGAAUAGCCCAGGGGAGUCCUCAGAUACGCAGGUUCAAGCAAUCUACACACCAGACUAGAAAUCUCAGCACUGCCUUGAAAGCCGCACCCACCUCUCUUGUAUUUUUCCUACCCGAUAUUAUAACCUUCAAACGGAGCAAGAUCCAAAAGCGCCAAGAGGCAGGCAAGACACCAAAAAGCAGGGUGUUCUCGGGUGUUGGCGAUUAUGCGAAGAGACAGGAGAUGCCAUCUCCAGAAGUCAGUCCUCCACCCCUCAAACGCCGCCGUAUCUCCGAUCCAAAAAUUCACCAUCCCUCUCCACCAUCCCUCCCAUCCAUUUCCGCCCAUGACUUGCCCUCCACAUCCACAGAUGACAGUCUCCACAUCUACUCCUGGAACAUCAACGGCAUCAACCCCUUCCUUCCCCCCUCUACCCCACCAAUCACCAACUUCCUCAAGCCAACCUCUGCCCCGAACACCCUCUCGAACCCCGCACCGCCAAAACCCUCACUCCGCGCAAACCUCAAGAGGUGGAAAUGGCCCCACAUCCUCUGCCUCCAGGAAGUCAAGAUCGCCCCGACCGACACGAAGACCCAAGCCUCGGUCCGCCGCGCCGUCAACGCGCCCCUAGACUCCGCCGAUGACAACGACGGCGACCGCCACCUCUACGAUGCCCAUUUCGGCCUUCCGCGGGACAAACACAACGCUACCGGCUUCGGGGGCAAGGUGUAUGGCGUCUGCACGCUCGUACGGCGCGAUGUACCCGAGCCUACGACGAGGACGGUAGGAUGGGAUCUCGAAGGGCGGGUGUUGUUGGUCGAGAUACCGGGAUGGAGCGUGAUGGUUGCGAAUGUCUACGCGGUCAAUGGCACCACGAACGACUACCGCGACCCUGCUACGGGAAAGGUGGUCGGCGACAGACAUGAUCGGAAACGUAUCUUCCACUCCCUGCUGAGGGAUGAGGUUCGUCGGUACGAGGACAAAGGGUGGGAUGUCGUUGUCGCCGGUGACAUCAACGUCUCGCGCUCGGUCAUCGAUUCCUUCCCGCGGUUACGGAUGGGCGAAGAGCACGUGCGGAACCGGGCUGAUUUCGAAGAGAAGUUCAUGAGGGAUCUGGGCAUGGUCGAUACGUUCCGCUUGGUGCAUGGGCCGCGGAGGAAAUUCACUUAUAGGCCUAGGGAUAAGCCGUGGGGCUCGGGUGGGGACAGGGUGGAUUUGAUACUGGUGACGAGAGGGUUGGAAGCUCGACGCGGGGUCAGGGGGGCGGAUGUGUUGGAUAGUGAGGAGGAGAGGGGACCGAGUGAUCACGUGCCCUUGUUUGUGGAGCUUGGGGUUGGCCGGGUGGAACGCGUGGAUGGAGGUACGGGUGAGGGUGAGGGUGGGGAGGGGGAGGUUGGGUUGGAUGAGCGGAUAGAGGUCUAG